CCGAUUCACAAUUGUGUGUGUGGAGGUGUUAAUCCCUUGAUUGAACACAUCAAUCGUGAAUACGUUUUAACAUUCUUGCUAGGUCUGAAUGAGAGUUUCAAUUCCAUUCGAAGCCAAAUUCUUCUUAUGGAUCCUUUACCGUCUGUUCCUCGUGUGUUUUCGCUUGUAAUUCAAGAAGAGAAACAAAGGGUGAUUAAUUCCAUUGCCAGUGAUAAUACUGAAGCUUUAGCUUAUGCUGUCAAUGAUUCUCAUGGUACUAAGUCCAAGAUUGGAAAGAAGGAUAGGCCUAUAUGCUCUCACUGUGGGAUUCUUGGACACAUCAAAGACAAAUGCUUCAAGUUACAUGGAUAUCCACCUGGAUAUCGAAAAAACAAGGUUAUAUCGUCUACACCAUCUGCUGCUAAUGCUGUUAAUACAGAGAUCUUGGAUGAUGCAGCACCUUUGAACACAAAGCAAUAUCAACAACUCAUUGCUUACAUUCAAGGACAAAUGGCAAGACAAUCUACUCUUGGAGAAGCCUCUUCAUCAUGUGCUUCAGUAGGACAUUCACAAGGGGAGGGUGAUUGGCAAGGGUGAUCAAAGUCAUAACCUGUACUUCCUCAAAGUGGAGUCUACAUCAUCUUUUUGUGCUUUUAAUAAUAAACCUUUGUUAGGUGUACAAAACUGUAAUUCCGUUAGCAAUGUUUCCAUUUCAA